GGUUCUGCCGGUCAGCUCCUCACAUCACAUCAUUCGUGCGACUGAAUUUCUAGGUCGGAAAGAUGAUAAACUCCAGGAACACAAAUACAUGCUUUCAUAUUUCACUUCGGAAAACUUUACAUACCUGCGUAAAGAGGUAAAUGGAUACAUGCGAACAUGGGCUUUUUUGGAUUAAUGAAUUUUGCGUUUCUUGUGCACUUGCCGGUUCUCUGCAUCUUGGAUACACAUGGGGUGAAAACCACAGAUCUCUUAGAUGGUUUAGGGUCUCCCAUCAGUGAAAGAAACUGGUUGAACAACUCAGGGCAGCUGUCUAAGAGCAAAGCUGGCAGAGAUGGACCACUGAGCAGGGGCAUUGCUCCGUUCUCUUUCUCCAAGUCUGUUUAUUCUUUUGAAGUAAAAGAAGAUACACAGCCAGGAACAAUUGUUGGCCUUCUUGAAGUAACACAUGGAGAACAGCACAGAAGCCUAGUGUUCUCCGUGCUGGAAGAUGAUGGAGAUGGCCUUUUCCUCCUCAAUCCACAUUCUGGAGAGUUCCUUUUGUCCCGCACGCUUGAUUUCGAGGCAGAGCGAUUCUAUGUUCUCACAGCAGCUGCUCAGCAUGGGGACAGACAUCCUCUCUGGGUUAGGGUGUAUUUUAAUGUGGUGGAUGUCAACGACAACCCACCUGUUUUCAACUUGGACGUCUACUCUGUCUUCCUGCCAGAAGAUGCCCCCGUAGGAGUAUGUUUCCUCACCCUGAUUGUCUCAGAUGCGGAUGAUGGCAUAAACGGAGACGUGGAUAUAGCAGUAAUAUCAGGAGACAACGAGGACAGGUUUUCAGUGAACCAACAGCGUGAUUUAUGUUUGAAAGGAGAGUUAGACAGAGAGAGGAUUAUAAUGUACAGCCUUUUAAUUCGGGCAAAAGACCGUUCUCUACCUGAAGACACACGUCUUACAGCCACUGUGCGUGUCUCUGUCCAUGUGGAAGAUGUUAAUGACAAUGCACCAGUCUUCAUAUCAGACAGCACUGUUACCUGUCCAGAGGAUUCCCUUCUUCAGUCUGUUGUUACAACAGUGCAUGCAGAAGAUGCAGAUUCCGGAUCCAAUGGAAAUAUUGUAUACAGUCUGGUGAAUUCAGGAGAGGGGGCAUUCAAGAUUAAUCACACAACUGGAGUCAUAUAUCUUCAGAAGCUUCUUGACAGGGAACGUGAAGAUAUCAUCACAGUCACACUGACAGCCAGAGACAAAGGUUUACCUCAGCUGGCCAGCAGCAUGAACCUCACUGUGAUGGUUGAAGAUGUAAAUGACCAUGAUCCAGUGUUCUCACAGACCUUCUACAGUGUGUUUAUAUAUGAAGACCAUCCUCGUGGCAUGACACUGUUGCAAGUUCAAGCACAUGACGACGACACUGGGUCAAAUGGAGAAGUGCAGUAUCAGAUCUCUGAGAGUGGCUUUGUGGUCGACUCAGUGCUUGGUAUUGUUACCAUAAUGGACCAAGUAGAUAGAGAACAGAAGUCUUUCUACUCUCUCACAGUCACAGCAGUGGACCAGGGGGAUGUUCAGAGGUCUGCCACAGCCACUAUUAAUAUCACAAUCCUGGAUAUAAACGACUGUGUUCCUGUGUUUUCUCAAGACCUGUUGACUGUGCACAUAUUAGAGAAUGGGGAAGACCCCACAGGGACAAUUCAUGAGGUAUCUGCAUUUGAUGAAGAUCUGGGAAUAAAUGCUCAUUUAACAUACUUUAAAGAGAACAGCAGUUCAGAGAGAUCGUUUUAUUUACAUCCAAAUGGAACACUGCAGAUCUUACAAAAUCUUGACAGAGAGGCACAAAGUCACCACAAAUUAAUUAUUAUCGCUGUUGACUCAGGUUUACCACCACUGACAGGAACUGGAACUCUGCUUGUUGUUGUUGAUGAUGUCAAUGACAAUAGGCCAGUUUUUGAUGCUGAUGAAUUCAGCACAUUUAUAGCAGAAGAUGCGCCAGCUGGAACUGUCUUUGCAAGAAUGUUUGCCUUGGAUAAAGAUGUUGGUGUGAAUGGAAAAGUAAGGUAUUUUGUAAAAGCAGCUGAUGUGCCAUUUUCCAUCAAUGAAAUGACUGGAGAGUUGUUCAGCAUGGGUGCCCUGGACAGAGAGACAACAGAAUCUUACAGUAUGAUAGUGAUUGCCUGUGAUGGGCACCCAGAACAUCCACUCUCAAGCUCAGCCACUGUACUUGUGAGGGUCGGGGACGUGAACGAUCACUCUCCCCGGUUUGUCAAUGGACCAUAUGUGGCCAAUGUUCCUAAUGAACUGGCCAAAGGAUCAAUAGUGAGUGCAGUGUCAGCCAAGGACCCAGAUGAGGGAAAGAAUGGACAAUUAAAAUUUUCAUUGCAUGGACAGUAUGUCCACCUCUUCACCAUCAGCCUUGACACAGGAACUGUGUACACUAGGGAGGCCCUUAGAAGAACAAGUGACAUCACAGUCAAUGUUCGUGUGCAAGAUGGGGGAGCCUUCCCCAAAACAGACACCACCACCUUGACAGUGCGAUUUCAGAAUGCUUCAAACUUCCCCAGUGUUACAAUGCAUGUACAUAAGUAUUCACUCUAUGAGGAUACACAGCCUGGGACUCUGGUCGCUGUAGCUUCAGCAGAGACAUACAGAACCAGACCUGUGUUUUUCUAUCUGGCAUCUGAAGACACUGGAGAAGUAUUUGAGCUGCAUCCAAGGACUGGUGACAUGAAUGUGAAAGGAUCUUUGGAUUUUGAGACCAACACAGAGUUCCAUAUUGUAGUUGAGGCUAGAGACUCAGGUCUCCCACCUUUUUCCACUUAUGUGGAAAUUUAUUUGAAUGUCAGUGAUGUGAAUGAUAACCCACCUGUAUUCACUCAAGAGGAGUAUAGGUGCGAGGUGUCUGAGAACAUUCCUGCAAGCUGGGUCUGUGACGUGUUAGCUACAGAUGCUGACUCUGCAUUAUACGGACAAGUACAAUAUAUCAUUUGGUCUGGGAACAUUGAUGGUACAUUUAGAAUUGACAAAACUCAUGGCACUCUUACAACAACAAAGAGCUUAGACAGAGAGGACAUACCAGAGUACAGGCUUACUAUUAAAGCCACAGAUACAGAUGACAGUGGCCAUACUUCCACCGCAGUGGUCAGUGUAAUUGUUUUGGACACAAAUGACCAUGCACCGCACUUCUCACAGAUUUUCUUCACAAAAAUUCCAGAGGAUGCACCUGUUGGCUUUUCGGUCCUUCAGAUUACUGCUUUGGAUGAAGACAUUGGUAAUAAUGCGAUCAUUUCAUAUAACAUUCUGCACCAAAAUGAGUCGAUUCCUUUUAAUAUUGAUAAAAAUAGUGGAUAUAUAAUAUUGAUGGGUGCAUUGGAUAGAGAGCAGCAAGAACAUUAUAUUAUCAGGGUAAAUGCUAAUGAUUCAUCUUGGAGCAUCAGCACAGAUGUCACCAUAGACAUUACAGAUAUCAAUGACAACAGACCAGUUUUUUCUCAGACAACAUACUCUGUGAUCAGCCCGGAGACAAAAGUUCAGGAAAUUUUCCUCUUACAAGUUCAAGCCAUGGACAGGGAUCUUGGACAAAAUGCACAAAUCCUCUACUUCAUAGACCCAUCAAGUGAGAAGUUCAUUGUAAAUGCAUCAACUGGAGACAUUUCAACAAAACAGCCAAUCACUCUCUAUGAGUCUGAAACUCAGAUCUUUAAUAUCACUGUUGUAGCAGUUGACUGUGGCACUCCCCCUUUCAACAGCUCAGUCAAUGUCAUAGUGAUGUUUGUUCGGUACAAUCAUUUUCCACCCACUUUUUUACCCUUCAGGACUCUUUUGUCAGUCCCUUUUACCUUGCCUGUAGGAACAGAGCUUCUCACAUUAACAGCAGUAGAUGAAGAUUUUCCAGCAAAGACUAACAAUGUUGAAUACUUCAUCAGUGGAGGAAAUGCAUCACGUUACUUUGGGAUAGAACCCCACAGUGGGAGGGUGUGGUUAAACAGAACUUUGAGGCAAAGUUUCAACAGUAGCUUAAGUCUUAUAGUUACAGCAAAAGACAAAGGCUUACCUCCUCUUUCAUCCCAGACUGACAUUUAUUUUGAAGUAACACUGGAAAAUUUAUUUACCCCACAUUUUUCAGAAAAUCAUGUUACAUUCUCAGUCCCUGAAGAUCUACCGCUGGGCUCAGUCAUUGGGAAAGUUCAAGCCAGAGAUGAAGACGAUGGUGUAAAUGGAUUAGUUUCAUACUCUUUUGAAAAUGGAAAUGGGAAUGGAUUGUUUUCCAUAGGGCUUUUGUCAGGAUUAAUCAAGAUAGUCAAUCCCCUUGACUUCGAGAAGGUUGCAAAUGAUCAAUUUCUUAUCAUUGCUAAGGAUGGAGGUUGGUAUUCUAAAACUGGGAAAAUCAUAGUCACAAUAAACAUUACAGAUGUCAAUGAUAACCCACCAGUCUUUACAUCCACUGAAUACCUGGGCUUUAUUUUUGAAAACUCUGUGAUUGGAUCAACAGUAAUUCAGAUAAGAGCCACUGAUGAGGACUCUGGAAGUCAUGCUCAGAUAACAUAUCAGCUACUGUCUGGACAUACAGAGUCCUUCUCUUUGGAUUCCAGAAAUGGCACCAUUACCACUCUGGAAAUAUUUGAUUUUGAGCAACAGCAGAGUUUUGAAUUUACUGUCAAGGCCUCUAAUCCAGAUAAUCAGUAUUUAUAUGACAUAGCACAUGUUCACAUUCAAGUUACAGAUGUCAACGAAUACAUACCUUCUUUUCAGAGACAUCUUUAUAACUUUUCUGUGCUUGAGACUGUACCUCUACAAACUGAGAUUGGACAGGUUGUGGCUAUAGACCAUGAUCUUGGGUGUAAUGGCCAGAUUCUUUACUUAAUUUUUGGUCAAGGUAAAAAGGCAGGCUUUGUAGUUGAUGAAAGCAGUGGGAAAAUAUAUACUUCCAAGGAUUUGAAAAAUCAGGGGCAGAAUCAUGCAGUGCUCCACAUUCUUGCCACAAACAGAGGAAGCAUUACUGGCUUCAAUGCUGAUGAAGCUCUUGUUCACAUACAUGUAAUCGAUAAAAAUGAUCCUCCAGAAUUUGGAUCUGUUUUCUACACAGCAGCUGUACGCGAAGAUACCUCAGUUGGGACCUCUGUAUUCAAAGUGAGUGCUUUGGACCAGGAUGUAGUAUUAAAAUGGAGCAGGUUCUCCUAUGACAUUGAAGGUGGAAAUGAAAAUGAGUCAUUCACUAUUGAUCCUAUCAGUGGGACUAUUAGAGUAAACCAUCAGCUGGACAGAGAGCUAUGGUCUCUUUAUAACCUCACAGUCACUGCCACUGAUGAAGGCUCUCCUCCUGUAACAGGCAGUACCAUUAUAGCUAUUACCAUCAUUGACAUAAAUGAUAAUGCCCCUAAGCUUACAUCCACAGAGGGCUAUGUUAGGGAAAACCAGCCUCAUGGCACAUUAGUGGCCACACUGACAGCCACAGAUGAUGAUCUCCCUCCAAACCAAGGCCCAUUCACCUACUGGCUAAUGAGGCCUGCCACGGGAAACAGUUUUACCCUCACAUCUGAUGGGGUUCUCUUCACUUCAAGACCACUUGAUCGUGAACGCAACCCUCUUUUCUAUGUACAUAUGGUAAUCCAAGAUGCUGGUGAGCCUCCCUUGUCCUCCACAACUGUGUUUCAUGUUAAAGUUUUAGAUGAAAAUGACAAUCCACCAGUACAAAGAAACAUCAAUAUUUUGGUCAAGUAUUAUGGCAAUUCCUUCAAUGGAGGGCUGAUUGGUAAUGUGAGACCAGACGAUCUGGAUGAAUCGAAUGUGUUCAAUUGCAGUCUCAUAAGCGGAUCUGUGAGAAUGUUUAGUUUUUCCUUUGGUAUGUGUGACCUGUGGUCCUAUCCAUUUCAAGGCGAGGCAACAUACAAUAUCACUGUAGAAACAAGUGACCAAUUCCAUCCACCAGUAAACAACAGCAUCUAUGUGAAUUACAAAGGCUUCACUAAUUUGUCAUUGGACAACUGUGUCUUGUUCUAUGUGCCUGUGUCAACUCCUGAGGACUUUUUGUCAUUGAAGUAUCUGAAGUUUGUCAAAGCACUUGAUAUCCUCUUUAAUCUACAAGCAUCUAAAACUCACGUAUUUGGAAUGAGGUUACAAGGAGAUGAAAUGCUUCUUCUAGCAGCAGUGAAAAGUUACAAUGGACUAUACCUGACUGGAGAAAUGGCGAGUGUCAUCUCGAGCAUGCAUAAGAAAUUACUUGAAGCACAGAGCAAUGUUAGCAUCUCUCACAUCACCAGUGACCCUUGCUCACUCAAACCCUGCAAAAAUGGUGCUACUUGCAGCAAAAACAUCCACAUCAAUCAGGAUGUCACUGUGUUGGAGAGCUCGCGUCUUAUAUUCGUCUCCCCGCAUUAUGCUGAAGUGUAUAACUGUACCUGCCUGAUCGGAUUCACUGGAACUAAGUGUGAGUCUGACAUAGAUGAAUGUACAGAGAACCCUUGUGAAAAUGGGGGAACCUGCUAUAACAGCCCUGGAGGAUUUUUCUGCCAUUGUACGGAGGGUUUCUCAGGGCUUCGUUGCUCCACUGUUGAUAACGAGUGUCAGACAGUAGUGUGUUCCAAUGGUGGGACAUGCUGGAACAUUCAAGGAGGAUUCUUCUGUGACUGCAGACCUGGUUAUGAAGGAAGAUUUUGUGACUUCAUCAUAGAUCAUUGUGCGUCAUCUCCUUGUCAUGUAGGCAACUGCUCAAACUUCUUAACUGGAUACACUUGUCAUUGUCCAUUUGGUGUUACAGGAGUUAACUGUGAAGAGCAUAGCUAUGGCUUUGAGGAGUUGUCCUAUAUGGAGUUUCCCCCUUUAGAUGCAAGAUACAACUUAAUCUCUCUGGAGUUUGCAACUGUGAUGCAGAAUUCUUUGCUUUUAUACAACCCGGGAGACCCAUCAACUUCAGAGUUCCUUGCACUUGAGAUUGUGGAUGGAAGACUUCGCCUCUCCUAUGACCUUGGGUCAGGGGUAACAAGGCUUGAGACAGGAAAACCAGUGGCUGAUGGGAGCUUUCAUAAUAUUACCAUUAGGAGAACUGGAAAUAUUGCUGCUCUAGAGGUAGACAGCUGCUCAGCUGAUGAGACCAAAAACUUUUGUUUGGCACACAAUGAAGGCAUAGGAAGCCAGAGGACUCUGGAUGUUAGGACUAAUAACCUUACACUGGGAGGCGUGAAGUCUAUGGAUGUAGUUUUACUGAGGCCAUCUCAAGUCAUGACUCAUGACUUUGUUGGAUGUGUGAGAAAUAUGAAAGUAAACGAUGUCCAGCUUGAUGCUUCAAAAGCCCUGGCAUCUAGCAAUAUACUUGACAGAUGUCCACGGGCAGAUGCUGCUCCUUGUAGAACCAAUAAAUGUCUGAAUGGAGGGAUUUGCCAAGAUCUCUGGUCCUAUCACUAUUGCCAAUGUGCCAAGAAUUUCACAGGAACCAAAUGUGCUAGUUAUAUCGCUGAGGAUCAUGCAUUAUUUCUUAGUGAAGGGGCCUAUGUUGAGUUUUUUGUCAAGGAAAGCUAUAUCAGAAACCAGCUGCUUCAGUUCUUUCUGGAUGGAAAAAAUGGAGUCAUUCAAGGGUUUGUCAGUUUUGAAGUCAAAUUCAGGACAAUAAAAAAAACCUGUGUUUUCAUUUUUUGUUGGGGCAGGACACUACAACUAAAACUUAAGAUAUCUGAUGGGCAACCUCGCUAUGUGUUCAUGAAUGUCACAUCUGGGCAGCAGUGGGAACUUGCUGUGGAUAAAAGCGUGUCAGACGGUCGGUGGCAUAUCCUCCUUCUGCGCAGACACAGACAAGGUGCCAGUGUGCUUCUGGAUGAGCUCCCCGUUGUGAACAUCACUCACGGCAUCAUCAGCCAGGCUGUCUUCACAAUAGAGAUGAUCACAUUGGGAUCAGCGCCAUCUGGGGACCCAAGCGACUUCAGUUCAGGAUUUGUAGGGUGUGUGGAGCACAUCAAACUUAAUGGACAUGUCUUACCAUUCAGUGGACACAGUGAGAUGGUGGACGCGAAGCCCAGUGCUUCUCUUUUCAAAAAUGAAUGUCAGACUGCAGACCACUGUGUCCUAACCCCUUGCGUUAAGGAAACCUGCCUUGCUCCAUCUUGUAUAGGUGGCGGUGACUGUAUUUUGACACCUUCUGAAGACAGCUGGUGCAUUUGUGUCAAUAACGUCUCUGCUGCAUCGUGUGGAGAAUGCUCGCCUGCCACUGAGCACCGAGAUGCUUGUGUUCAAACUUCAAAAAGUUCGCCCCUGUGGAUCGUUGCUCUUGUACUUCCUGUAACCUUCAUCGUGCUAAUCUUGAUUCUUUGCUUUGUCCUGAAGAGACAAGGGAAACACGGAAGCCACGCCUGCCGUACACCACCCACCAAACAGCUUGGCACGGACAAUGUGGUUUUCAGUCUGGACCAUGGUGACCGUAGUCAUCAGGACAUUAGCAGUGAGAGCAGCAAGCAGCCAGAUCUGAUAGUGGCAGGGGAACUGUUGCGGAGAGUUGAGAAUUAUAAUCAUAGCCAUCGAACAGGGUUUAGAAGAAGCGAGCUGGAGUACUAUGAGAUUGAUAGUACAUACACAACCUGCUGCUCUAACAUAGAGCUCCUGCAAAAAGACAUAGAUGGUCAUUGCAAUAACUCUAAUAAUUUACCAUCAUGGGGGAAAGGAAAAGCUUCACAAAAGGUGAACACUACUGGCCUUGAAUCCUCUGAUGUAAGACAUUAUAAAUCUCAUCUUAAGAGAAGUGUUGGUUGUAAUGUGGACCGUCGGUGCAGGGACCAUCGACUCCAUCUCCUCUACAAGAAAAAACUUCCUGAGCUAGCCGAGGACCCUCGUUUUCUCUCGGAAGAUGAGGUUAAGAGGCUGAGCAGCCUGCUAGAUCAGGCCUCCUGUCCUUCCCAGGCAUGCACUGGACUGCCCACUAAUUUACCCAGAGCCUUCAGCUCUGCCAGGAUGGCGGAGAACUCAUCAGAGAGUCACAGCUCUUUCACAUGCUCUGAGUAUGAGUGCGAGAAUGAACUCCACUUGAUCAGUGCACAGGACAACAGGCGUGGCCCUGAGACUGAAGACUGGUCCAGAGGACAGCUCGUACUGGCCAUCCCAUCACCUUUUAGAGACAUCGAGACCCCUUCAAAUACAACAUCCCCUGGAUCUAUCCAGCAGAGGAGGGGCCUCCUUAAUUUAGGGGUCGGCUUUAAUACCUACUCAGAUGUUUUUGAGGACAUAGCAAACCUACCUGUCAUUCCAGAUUGUGACUGCGACACUCACAGUGAUGAAGAACAGAUUAUUUGAAAAUGUAUUUAGUACAAUUAUGUGGUUAUAUCAGAUUAUGAAGAUUUGCAUGCAUAGAGUUUCUAAUAAAGGUUAAAUAAACAUUUUACACUCUCUAGUUUGGAGUUAAAGGAAGAUUACAUGAGAGACUUUAAAAGGUUAAUUGUGUUUGUCAAGGUUGUGUCAACAUUUUCCACUAAAUUCUCAUCAUGGCAGUUUUGGUCCGUUGGAGAAAUCUGAGCAGAUCAGAUAUUUUGAUGUUCAUUGCUGGUGGUCUAGUGCUAUCUGCUGGCAGUGCUCUGAAAGUACAUUUGGCGUCGAAAGAAUUGUCACAGGAUUCAUCAAAAGUUAUGCAUUCUGCAAAACUAUAGUUGUAUAUAUGCUGAAUGAUUUGACUUAUUUGCCAUAAGCAUGUGAGCUUUUCAGAUAAUGACCCAUUUUUAUAAAGUCAUUAUAGUACAAGUUAAUUUUAAUCUAUAAUCUUUAAAAUAUGUUUUCAGUGUCUAGAAGAGAAUCUCCUGUUCAUGACUUAUUUCCUUUACAUUUUAAUAACUUUAGAACCAAAAAUAUGCCUAGGUGCUAUAUAGGCAUAGAGUUUUUAGAAAAUAAAUCGUUAAGAAUUUCCUGUAAAUAAAAUCUCUAUAUGACCUAUUUUGGAGUUAAAAUUAUGAGAGACUUAAAAGGUGAAUAGUAUUGGUCAGAUUGUGUGAAAAUUUUCCUCAGGAUUCUCAUUAUGCAAGUUUUUGUCAUUUGGAGAAGUCUGAGCAGGUCAAAGAUAUUUUGAUGCUCAUUGCUGGUGGUGUAGUGCCAUCUGCUGGCAGUGCUCUAAAAAUAUAUGUGCCUUUGGAGGAUGUUGAAAUGCUGUUGUUUUAUUUUUAUUUUUAAUCUUUUACAAAUUGUACUAUUUUUUAAAAAUAGUUUGAACUGUCAAGGUAAUAUUGUACAGGAAGUAGCUGCUUGAUACUCAGCCUUAAUUUUUAUAUGGUGUAAUUAUGUAAAAUGACCCUUACAAUGUACAAAAAAAAACAACAACAAAAAAACAUGCAGAGAAAAAAAAAAUCUAACAAUGUUAAAUGCUUCAUUCCCUCUACUGCUUCCCUGUAAUGGUUCAGAUUUAAAACACUGCUCACUUAUAAAGCCAUAACUGGACCAGCUGCCACAUACCUAAAAGUACUAAUGAAUAGUUCUGCUCCACUCUGCCUUUGAGUCUCUAGUAGUGCAGCCAUCAUCCCUCAAAACUCAAAGAAGAUGUACAUCAUGAGUCUUCUCUAUCUUGGCCACCAGGUGGUGGAAUUAACUUUUACUGGCUUUCCAUACAGCUGAGUUACAGGCUGUGUUUAAAUGAAGGCUGAAGAUGUAUCUGUUCACUGAGUCACUAAGCUUUUACAAACACCCCUUUACUGUCUUCCACUUUAGCCAGGGCGUUAAUCUGUUAGUAUUCUUAACAUUGACCUAUCUAUUCUCAAAGGAGGAAAUAUAUUUAACAGCAACUACAAAGCACUUCUGUAAGUUGAUCUGGACAAGGGCAUCGACUGACUGCUGUACGCGUAUCAAUUAUCUUCAAAAGAUGAAUCUAAAAGUUGUAAACAUUACAAAAAUGUAAAUGUAUAUAUAUGGUGAAAGGUUUGUUUUGCUUGCCAGAAAGAUGUGACAUUUUCAGAUCAUGACCCACUGGCCAAUGGCCCAAGUUAAUUCUAAUGUUAUUUGAAUGUAAUAAUUAUAAAUAUAGUUAAUUGAUAGUGUUUAAAAAUGUGUUGUCUAAAAAAUGAUUUGUUCAGGACACAUUUGAUAUAAGUUUUAAUA